AUGGUCACGGCUCAAGGAUGUUUUGGUCAUGUGGGUCACAGAGUCGAAACAGCUCUUCCUCAUCUAUCACAGGAACAAGAGAACUACUUAAAAGACUUGUUAGAAGUGCACUCCGUCGACUACAUCAUGAACCGCCUGAAGGAAGAUUUCCCCUUAGAAACCUCUCGACUUCAUCGUGUUACUCGAGAAGAGCUGAGAACGAUCCAACGCAAAUACAGACUCACACCAGUUCCUGCUGAGAAUGACUGUGGAGAUUUGUGGAUGGAAGAUGAGAAAAAGCACAAUCCUUCUGGUCAGGACAAAUGCGAAGAUGUGAAAGAUUUCCAAGAUUUAAUGUCAGCGAUGGAGUGUGAACCUGGAAUCGCGGUAGAAAACGAUCCUUCAACGUCUCAAGGAGAUGACAAAAGAAUGAAAUCUUCACGGAAUUUCAGAGCUGCCUCUGCGUGUCAUCGCACGCCCUCAACACAAGAGGUUUCAGAUGCCCCUCCAAAAAGUGACGUUAGCGAGUGCGAGUCGCCAUUAUCACCUGAGCGACGCUUUGAUAUGUCCUCGUCAUCAUCAACUGCUCAUUCCCUAGAGACGCCAUUUAACAAAAGCAAAAGAAAAGCAGGAGAACGAGAAGCGCUUGCGCUGCUUUUUAUGUUCGAGAAUGAUGCUUCGGAGGAACUUGUACGCUCAUUUGCAGAGAUCUCACUCUUUCUCAAAAGAGGAUAUCAACAGAGUAAAGACAUUGCGACAACUUAUCACAGGGAUAUCGGAGCUGAUGGGGAACCCCAAGAUUACACUGUGUUCAAGAAAACCCUCAAGUCAUUAUCCGAAUUUGAGAAAUGGAUGUCCGAGCAGUGCGAACGAACAUGCACGAGUUUCUUCCGGAAAACAACUCGCCAGCAAUCAGAACGAAAGGGUUCAUUUCAUUUGAGAUGUGGUAGGUCCGGUCGAUAUGUCAGCGGUGGAUUGAAGAGACCCAGGCCGUCCACAAAGCAGACAAGGCACUGCACGUGUUUCCUAAACGUGCGCGUAAACGAGUACGGAACUGUUACUGUGAUCGGAUGUUUUGGACAUAUUGGCCAUAAGAUUGACGCCGCUCUCAUUCGCUUAUCACAUCCACAGGAAAUGUUCCUCAAGGACCAACUGGAAAAGUAUCCUGUGGGCUACGUUCUCAUGC